AUGGCCCACACUAUCCUUCACCUCCGAUCCGAGACCAAGCCCUUGGAACACAGGAGCGCCCUCACACCCGCCACUACUCGUAAGCUUGUCGAGGCUGGCUACGAAGUUAGAGUUGAAAGGAGCCCUGUUCGCAUCUUUGACGAUGCCGAGUUCGAAGCCGCUGGCGCAACCCUUGUGCCCGAAUAUUCCUGGGAGUCAGCCCCAUCGGACGUGAUCAUCGUCGGUCUUAAGGAGCUUGAGGAGAAGGAGUUCCCUCUCAAGCACGUUCACGUCACAUUCCUCCACGUCUACAAGAACCAAGGUGGCUGGGAGAAGACACUCGGCCGUUUCCCCCGUGGCGGCGGUACUCUUCUCGACCUCGAGUUCUUGGCCAACGAGUCCGGUCGCAGAGUCGCAGCCUUCGGUUUCCACGCUGGUUUUUCUGGCGCUGCUCUUGCUCUCGAGAACUGGGCCUGGCAGCUCACCCACCCUGGCGAGCCCUUCCCCGCCGUCGAGGCCUACCCCAAUGAGGAUGCUCUCAUCGUGGAUGUCAAGAAGGCCUUGGACGAGGGUAUCGCCAAGGCUGGUCGCAAGCCUAGAGUCAUUGUGAUUGGUGCUCUUGGACGUUGCGGCUCCGGUGCCGUUGAGAUGGCCAAGAGAGCCGGUGUUGAGGAUAUCGUCCGUUGGGAUAUGGAGGAGACCAAGAACCCCGGCCCUUACAAGGAGAUCACGGAUGCCGACAUUUUCGUCAACUGCAUCUACCUCAGCCAACCUAUUCCUCCUUUCCUCAACCGCGAGUCUCUGCAGGUCCCCGGCAGAAACCUAAGCGUGAUUUGCGAUGUUUCUGCUGAUACCACAAACCCCCACAACCCGAUCCCUGUCUACACCGUGGCUACCACCUUCGACAAGCCCACUGUCCCCGUCGAGGGACUGGAGAACCCUCCCCUGAGCGUCAUCUCCAUCGACCACCUUCCCUCCUUGCUGCCGAGGGAGUCUAGCGAGGCCUUCAGCAACGACCUGCUGCCUACCCUCCUGAACCUCAAGGACUGGCGCAACGAUUCCGUCUGGGCCCGCGCCGAGAAGCUCUUCCAGGACAAGGUCGCCCUGCUCCCCGCCGAGCUUCAGAAGAGAGAGGCCUAG